UGACAAUAUUAUCUUUGGUCGCCACUCAAUCGGUACACAAAAAUUUAUAAUUACCCAGACGUGGAGUUUUCCUCGGCAGAUCAUACGGAUUUUUAUCAGUACUAUUUUGUCUUUGUUGAAAGUCGCCUUCUGCGCCAGUGUGUGUAAAGGCUGCACUUUCGACGGAUCACAUCGUGUCAAAUUAUUAUUCUAACAAAGUCAUUGCGUGUUAUUAUAUAGAAACAUGAAGGUCAUACUUUCAGUUGUCGCGUGCUUCCUCGCCGUGUCUGGUGCCCUCGCUGAGGACGCUUGCUAUAACGAUGUCUCUCUGCAGUGUGCACAGGCUUCAAACAACUUGGGCAGAGCUCGGAAUAGCUUGGCGCACUGUAACUCUAUAUAUGGGGAGUAUGGUCGCCAUGGUAACGUCGCCACAGAGAUGCAGGCGUACGCCAACUUGCAUCUAGAACGUUCCUACGAGUACCUGCUAUCUGCUGCGUACUUCAACAACUAUCAGACCAAUCGUGAUGGAUUUAGCAAGCUGUUCAAGAAGCUAUCGGACCAGGCCUGGGAGAAGACAAUCGAGCUGAUCAAACAUAUUACUAAGAGAGGUGGCGAAAUGAACUUCGCGCAGCGCAGCACCCAGCAACCGGCUGAACGCAAGAACUACACAGUCGAGCUGCACGAGCUGGAGUCCCUCGCUAAGGCCCUCGACACCCAGAAGGAGAUCGCCGAGAGGGCGUUCUACAUCCACCGCGAAGCCACCAGGAACAGUCAGCAUCUUCAUGACCCUGAAGUCGCUCAAUAUCUCGAGGAAGAAUUCAUCGAGGACCAUUCCAAGACCAUCCGCGAGCUCGCCGGCCACAUCACCGACCUCAAGAGCUUCAUAACCGCCAACAAUGGGCAGGACAAGUCGCUCGCGUUCUACCUCUUCGACGAAUACUUACAGAAGACCGUUUAAACACCAAAUGUACUUGGGCGUACUCAGUUUUAGAGGCAUUUUACAUUUGUUUGUUCUGUACUUAUGCGUUAACGUGAAUCGUGUGAAAUGGGAUGUAAUAAAAACAAGUCGAAAUAUAGUAACAUUAUUUGUAUAACUGACUUCAAAUCAUAGUUCGUUAAAAAGGGUUUAAUAUUUCAAAUCUACCCUGUCCCUUUUGAUAUGUCGUUAAUUAAUCUGUCGAUAGGUAUGUUAUCGCUACCGCAUACAUGAGUCAGUCAUGUUCAGUUUAUUACACUUUCUUUUUUUAUUCACGACACGAAAACGUGUCUAUUGAUAAAUGCGUUUGUCACAUGUCUGAGAGGGUUGUUAUAUGGAUAAAAAGUGCUUAAUUUUAUGGGCACCAUAACGUUUUGGCUUGUUGCAUCCUAUGGGUAUAUAUUAAAUUUAGAACAGAUAUAUAAAACGGGUACGCCCAUUCAUCAUAUCUUAAUAUUUUAUCCUAUAGUACAAUACUCCACUUUAUAAGCCCUGUCUCAAUAUUCAUACAAAGUCGCCAAUGUUGGUAAAAUAUCGGUUCCAAUGUACAAAUACAGGCUGUUCAAUAAUUAAGUUUAUUUUUUUUUUAUAAUAAGAAUUUAAAAUUGUAUAUUGUUGUAAGUAUAUUAGUAACAUCAUGUAGAUUUCAUGUUAUUUUCAAAUAAAAAAUAUCAUUAGA